UCGUUCAAUCGACAAAGUAAAGGGAUAAAGAUGACAUUAGCAUUUUAUUUGAAAAUAAUGAAGUGUCUUCUUCAUGUUCUUGUGUUUAAAAUAAUCUUGUUGGCUUUAGCAUCUUCGUUUGUAUCUUGUUACGACCCAUCCCCUCUUCAAGACUACUGUGUUGCCACCAACGAAACUAAAGGAGUUUUCGUGAAUGGAAAGUUUUGUAAAGAUCCAAAACUAGUAACUGCCAAUGAUUUUUUUUAUUCUGGCCUAAAUAUCCCCGGAAACACCAACAACCCCCUUGGUGCAUCGGUCACCGAUGUUGAUGUUAGAAGAAUCCCUGGCCUCAACACUCUUGGGGUUGUCAUUUCCCGCUUAGAUUUCGCCCCCGGUGGUCAACUUUCAUCGCACAUACACCCACGUGCCUCCCAGAUCAUCUUAGUCCUCAAGGGAGAGCUCUCAGUCGGAUUUGUGUCUUCAAACGAGUACAACUAUAAGCUCUUUCCCAAGGUCCUUUAUCCCGGAGAUGUGUUUGUUUUUCCCAUCGGUUUGGUACAGUUUCAUGCUAACAACAAUGGGAAGACAAAUGCGGUUGCGAUUGGCGUAUACGGGAGUCAAAACCCCGGUGUGAUCCCCAUAGGUAACGCGGUUUUCGGGUCGAACCCCUUGAUUGAUCCAAAGCUUUUGGCUAAAGCUUUUGCGUUGGACGUGAACACAGUGCGACAUGUCCAGAGGGUGUUUUCUUCCGAUGAUUACAUAGCUAAUUAGUUUAAAAGAAUACCAAUAUAUACCUUUGUUCAGC